AUACAACCAAAGGCCAGAAAUGUGAAUGAACUGCCUUUGAAGACAUCAACGUAUACGAAUCGCCCGCUUUCUUCGCUACGUGUUUUGAUUGGUCGACUGUUGCUGUUACCACAGUGAUAGUGUAGUAACCAGAGUUGUAACCCCGCCUCUUUUAUCAUAUUUGGAAGCGCAACGCCCUCUAAGCGAGCUGUGAUUGGCCAGCGUGUGUUCUCUCCAAUGUUUUGUAAAUUGUAGUCUGGAGGAGACACCGCUGUGUUGAUCUCAGCGCGCAAAUGUAUUUUCUAAUGUUGAUAAACUUUCCUUGUUUGGAUUUUAUUUAAAAAGUACUGGUCUUUAGAAGCAGCGGGAUUGACCCUCAUUGCGACGUUGUGGAUUUUAAGGAACCGAACAAGGCAGAAAGAGAGACUAUGGUCCUUAGUCAGAUGGAUGCCGGUAAAGCUUUGACGGCGGCGGCAGCCAAAGGGAAUACGAGCGAGGUGCAGAGGAUCCUGGAUGAAUGCAGAUUGCAUCCUGAUACUCUCAAUGAAUUUGGCAGGACUGCGCUACAGGUGAUGAUGAUGGGGAACUCCAAAAUCGCCUGUUUGCUAUUGGAAAAAGGAGCAGACCCCAACGUCCAGGACAAACAUGGAAUAGCGCCUGUCCACGAUGCAGCCCGAACAGGAUUCUUGGACACUCUGCAGGUUCUGGUGGAGUACGGUGCUUCGGUAAACAUCCCGGACCAGAAUGGCGCCCUGCCUAUCCACAUUGCCAUCCGAGAGGGCCACCUGGAUGUUGUGGAGUUUCUGGCACCGCGGUCUGACCUGAAGCACGCCAACAUCAGCGGUCAGACAGCGAUAGACGUGGCCCGAGCUUCAUGUAUGCCUGCUAUGAUUGACUUGCUUUUCGCUCACAUUCAUAGUUAGUCUGAAGUCUGGGUGCCUUCUGGGUAACCCUAACUUUUUUUGCUUCAAACCUGGUGACUUGAAUUCAUUGCUGUGUAAAGGAUUAUUUUUUUUGUUAAUAGUCGCUCAGCAUUAAUAUGUGACACAGGACAAAUUGUCCUGGCAGCUUGUUUUCAGUGGAUGGGUGGCUAUAUACAGUAGACACCUCUUUUGCACAGUGCAAUUUAGGCACCUUAUAUAUCAGUUUCCCUUUUAUUAAAUGGGAGUGCACAUUUGUAGAUAGUUUCCCCAGUGUUUUGUAAUUAUUGCAUUAUUUCCAUUGUGUAACAGUUGAUACCUUGUAUGUGUUUUUAAACACUUUUACAAAACUUGACAUGGUGCAUCCUGAUUGCUUUUCAUAGUUGUGUUUCUCUUAAUUAGAUGUACUUAGACUUGGAAUUUAAUGAAUUUACUCUUAUUUAUUGUUGGAAUAGGACUGCAUAUUCCUGUGACUUUGUAAAUAGCAACAUUAAUUAUGAUUUGUUGAAAUGUUAUUUAUAUAAAUACUUUUAAAACAAAAGUGAGAUUAUUCACUUUACUAUUUGAAGAAUAAAACACAAAAUAAAGUGUUGAACUUG